GUGAGUCCCCAGGGCUCCUGAAUGGAAAAUAUGGGAAGGGGGCUAUGACCGUGUGCACGUGCUGGCACCCACCAAUAAACCAUGUAAGAUGCCACAGGAGCUUGUACCAUACCUCCUACGGCAUCAUGAGUACUUGUCACCUGUGCUGUCAAUGUCGGCAGAGAAGUGGCACGUGGGUAGUCAUACCUCUGAACUUGAGCCGUGCUGGAAGAGCUGUGGAGCAGUAUGUUGGUGAAAUUAAAGGUGGCCUGAGACCAGCCAUGAAGCUCACAGUGAUAGGAAUGGUGCACUCCAACCCCAAGAGCUUUUCAGUGACUCUGCUCUGUGAUCCAGUGGAUGCAAACAAAGAUGUUGGGCUGUUAUUUACAGUUAACUUUAGUGACAAAUCCAUCACCCGAAAUGCACGAAUUGCUGGGAAAUGGGGGAGAGAGGAGAAGACUAUUCCCUACUUCCCAUUUACAGCAGGCGACACAUUUAAGAUGGAGCUCUUAUGUGAACACCAGCAAAUACGAGUCUUGCUUGAUGGACGGCAGCUCUGUGACUUCACUCACCGCAUUCAGCCUCUGAACUUGGUGAAAGCUUUGCAGAUUUCGGGGGACAUCAAGCUUACCAAAGUGGCUUGAAAAAAAAGGAGACCACAAUAUCACCAGGGGACAGAGGCAAAUGUACUUUCUCCUGUCUGAGAAAUGUUUUAUCUUUUUCCCCUGGCUGAUUCUGGAGAAUGGGAACUGUAUUUUUUUAAUUUGCUGAUGUGUUUGAAAGAUACACUUUUUUCCUCAUACACACUCAGCAACUGCUGGUGCAGGUAAAUCAGAGUAAAUGUGCAGGUAAAUGUGGCUGGUCCAGGUAAAUCAGAGAGCCUUUGCUGGGAUGCUCUUUUGACCUUCUAAACUGCAAGGUUUAUGAUGCUAUGCAGUAUCUCAUAUCCUCCGGGCCUCCCAACCCCCCAGGCAUACCAGCUGGCAGAGCUCAGUCCUCUGUGGUAGGGUGGCUCUUACACUUGUGACUAGACCUGGGCAGUAUGCAGGUGGUGGGACUGAGAAAAGAGAAGCAGGAGAUUUUCUUAUAAGUGAAUAAGGGAGCCUGGUGAGCCCCAGCAAGGCUCACAUUAUCAGGAAGGAAUUGCUUUUCCUGGAAGCUCUGCUCAAUCAGCACAAAGCCACCUGUGCUUCCCAGUACAGAGCAAUAAAGGCCUUACCAGCAUC